GCUCGAGUCAGAAUGGCAAUCUUCGGGCGAACAGGCGGGCAGCCAUGCCAUGCUGGGCCGCAAGCCCAAGGGCGACGCAGCGGCUGCAAGGUUGUCACCGAGUGCCGGGAAGAAGCGGAAGUGGCAGAAGCUCAGUGAGGAGAGCGAUGAGGACAAAGGUGAGCAGAUCACCAAAGAGGAGUUUGACAAGUGGAAGGAGACGUUAGCUGAGGAGGAGAGGCGCGAGCAGAUGGAGCGUGAGGAGCAGGACAGGAAGGCGAGGGAAGAUGAGCGGCGACGGCGCGAAAUGGAGGAGGAGGAGCGUCUGAAACGCGAGAAGGAAGAGGCUAAUGCGAAGAAGGAGGCUGAGGAGGCUCGCAAAGCAGCUGAAGAGGCUGAACAAGUGAGGCGUCGCCAAGAGGAAGAUUUGAUACCUCCCGGAGCCCACCCUCCGGAUGUCUUGGGCCUCAUGCCGCCAGGUCUCAAGCCUGACAAAGCCCACUUGUACAAAACAUCGUUCUGCAAGAGAUGGGAGCAGGGCAACUGCAAUUUCGGCUCGGCGUGCCACUUUGCACAUGGUGAGAGGGAGCUGAGAGGAAGAGUGGCCCAGAUGGGUGUCCCUCCACUUGUGGCAAUGGCUGGAGCAAGUGCGCAUUGGGAUACAACCCCCUUCCAUUGCGAAACGCUGGGUAUUUGGAGCGGCUGCUACUACCCAGCCUCGCGCCCUCCCCUUCCGUGCCCUGACAGAUGGCUGAGCGGGAUGGCGCCUUGCGCCGGGCCGUGCGGGCCGUGCGCGCCGUUCGGGCCGUGCGGGGCGUGCGGCUUUGGUCCGGGCUUGGCCUCCGUGUUUCGGGGGGACUCUGGGAGCGGCUUCGGGCCGGUGCCGUCAAACGGCGUGGGCGAGGCCUGGAAUUGGGGGGCCGAGUGACACACGCCAAGAUCCUCAGUUGC